AUGCCAAGAUUGGAGUCACAGAACAUCGUUUACAUACUUCUAAUACUCUCUACGAUAACUUUGGUGAGAUGCGCGUUAUUAGAAAUGUCCCAGAUGCUCUGGAAUAAGACGGUGUCAGGAGGUCUGACGAAGAUUGGCAAGCUGGAUCCGUUGAGAGUACCUGUAAUUAAAAUUGAUCAAUCUGAAGGUGAGAUUAGUUACAGAGUGAUUCUAAGAAAUUUGGAAAUUGUCGGGCUCAACGAAUCGAUCUUGGAGAGUAUCUACGUCGCUCGCAGCGAACUUAACUCUAACUUGAGCGAUUUCGAGGCCGGAUACGUGAGCUACAGCAAUAUCAGAGACGUAGAUUCCGUCAGAUACAGUUUCCAUACCAUGAUGAGAGAACCUAAUGUACCGAAAGAAAAUUUCGAAGACAUCGUUUCGUCUGUGAAUCGAGCUGAUAUCAGACCAUCUUCGCGUUAUCAGGAAGCUCGCUUUGAAAAAUUGCAACAAGAUCAAGAUGGCUCGAGGACAUUUGAACAAAAUCAACAAUAUAAUCGGCGGACGCCUUUUCGUUCUGAUGUCAGAUUCGAUGAUUUUCAUAGGGACAGUUUAAAAGCGUCGAGCAAUUUGCAGACAAAUCCCGAGAAUUUCAAAGACUUUAAGCGUCCGACUUAUGUUCAGCCUAUCUAUGCACAAAAGGCGAGAGACAUUCAAGGAUAUCAGGGAAGCUCGCGAAGCAGUGAAGAAAUAAUUGAUUGUGGAGAUUCAAAGGAUUCCCAGUUUAGGGGAAAUCAGAAAGGUAGCCAGAAAUAUGAACCACGACAAGACGCUGAUGACAGAUAUGAAAGGCGAAUCGAGGAUGUUGAGGUUUCUGCGUCGAAAACAGUCGAGACUAGGUUGAAAAGUCAGGGUGAUGCAAGACCGCCUACAUUGUAUAAUAGAGAACAGUCUUUGCGAUCGAAUCUCUUGAGCAACGUUAAAUUAUCGAGACACGGAGUGAUAGAGCGAACAGAUUACAUCGAUAUUGUCUACGCGGAUGACAAAGCUAAUGGAAGUAUAAAACAUUUCGGUAACUUAGGUAUCAAUCCUGUAGAGAGCCGACAAGUAUAUGACAUCGAGGAUAUCAUGAAGGGCAUUCGGGAGAAUACAAGGUUUAUUAUUCACAAUUUUACGGAGGGAGAAGCCUUGAGGAAGAGGAAUGACCUAGUUAAAGCUGCCAUGGAAGCUAACAAUUUGAGGAAUCUAACUAGAUAUGCGAAGGGUUAUCAAGAGCAGCAGGGAUAUUUUGAAGAAGGCAUGCAGCUGAUCUAUCAUUAUGGCGAAAUGGACGUGAGAAAUGAUAGUGCUUCUCAAAAUAUCAGUGAUAACAGAAGAACGAAGCGAGCACGUUCUAAGGAAGCUGAUGAAGACGACGUGAUGCGUGUGAUUUUGAGAAUACGCGUUCCACUGCUUCGCGUCAAGUCUCAAUACACGCUUACGGGAAAAGUGGGAAAGGAGAUGUUACGUGGCAAUGGCCUGCUGACCGGAAACUUUACCGAUGUAGUGGGCGAUUUUACAUUGGAACUGAAGAAGCUGAACGAAGAGCUGAUUAUCAUUCGUGCUGCUAGAGCCAAAUUGUCCGCCAAGGACAAGAAGAUCAAUCUUCAAGGUAUGAACGAGGCGGGACCAGUGCAAGUUAUUCUCAAUUAUGGUUUAACGGCUGCAGAGGCAAUCGCUGCAAUGCUCGCCGACGACUUUGCCACUAAGGGGCUCAGCGAGAAAACGGCCGACGCACUGAUCUACAGGAUGUACGAGAAUUUACCCGUCAAUUAACUAGUUUUCGCUUGAUCGAUCAAGUGUCCCGGGACGAUCGAGAAUUUUGCACCUCCAGAGAUACGUCUCUGUUCGUCAAUCUUGC